AUGAGUGACGUAUUCGGAGCGCAGUAUUUAGUGCUCCCAACUGAGGCGGAGCAGAUCGUGGAACGCUUGGUAGGUCAAUCACUCGAGCAGAUUGGGCGAUCCACUCAAUGGCUCGAGCACCAUCAAGCCGUGGAAAAGUUAAACCUACAAGCGCAUCAGUCUGCGCAACGCAAGCAAGACAAUUUCGUAGUAGAGAGUUUGCUGACAUUCGACAAGCUCCCAACCGUAAUCAGCAAUUUGCUCUCGCUGGAGCUUUGGAAGGCGAACGUUUUGCCACUGCUUCGGUGUCAGGAUAAGGACGCUGCGUCCUUGAGAUUGUACUUCGUUAUCUAUCACGAAGCGGCCUUAACAAAUCUUCUUGAGGUCGCAUUCUUCCACGAGCACAUCGUAGAGAGUCUGACUGAUGAUCUCCUAGUCGAACUCGUCGACUACUGCGUGCGAAAGCUUUCGUGGCUGGUCGGUCUUCCUCGUGAACGUAUUGCAGAGGCUACGAGCUUCCACAAAACUGGACCAGAACUGGUGCAGAUGAUGAAAGCUCAAAGUCCUCGCGAAGAGCUACAACGCCAACGUAUGGAGAUUGAGUUUCGCGUUGCUGUCCAGACUGUCACUAUACUACGCUAUAUAGCCGAGAGACUGCAUGUGCUCCCAUUGAGUGUCGUAUCUCGUCUUUUGGACAAGCACGACGCUCUUCUCACACUCGUGGCGCUUGUUGAGAAUCCUCCGUGGACACACAAGACUGUUGUCAAGGCACAAACGAAGGACAGCGAGGACCAGAGACCAAGAACUGAAGUCAAAUGGAAGAAGUUUGUCGACCAGAAAUGGGUAAUUGUCGAGCCAAGUGAUCUCCUCGCACUCACGACAACCGAAGCACAAGUUUGGUUGGCUAUCUACUAUUUGCUAUGCACCAAGUCGGCUCGUGAACACUAUGAAGUGACGCAGUAUCGGAAAGAUCAGCUUUUACGCGUCCGCAAGUAUUUGAAUGAGCUACUGGUGGAUCAACUUCCUCUUCUCGCAGACGUUCAACGGUAUUUGGAUGAGCUAGCCAUUGUACAGGUGGGUAGUGCGUCUGUACUGGGCAAGAACGGUUUGGUCAUGGAGGCGGUGCCUUAUUUACGAGACAGUAUUUUGCGAACGUUCCGCUCAAGAUACCAGGAACUCGCGCGUGAAUUCGAUGAGCUCAGUGUGAACUUCUGUCGAGGUGAGGACCUCAAGGCGUUAGCCGAGUUGUACCAAAUGGAAGGAGUUGAAGAACUUCUUGAAGGUGGAAGUCCAGCAGCUAAAAAUGAAGACGAGAAGGCUGGAGACAACAAUGACAAUGAAAGUGAUUCGGUGAAUCCUAUGCCUACUCGCGUUAAACUGGAGUUCUUCAACUCAACGCACCAGAAGCCUAUUGCAGGCAAGAAAGCGUUGAUUGUGGAGCUGGAUAACAAUGAGGAACCGGCACAUAAUGAAGCUGACAUUGUGGAAUUCGAGUUUGCUGUAGAUCAGGAGAGCCGUAAGACCGUGGAAAGUAGAACACAGCGGUACUAUCGCUAUCGCUUGCGCAGGGGCGAGAAGACACAGAACGCAGGCCUUAUCCAGAGUCAUACUUCAGCGACAGCGCACGUAUCGUUUUCAGGUGCAGAGAAGUCUCGCGAACACGAGCUAAGACUAUCGUGUGAUGAUCUCCAGCUCCCUGAAAUGGUGCAGACCGAUUCAUCCUCUGGGCUGACAAAGCUAUGGAAGCAAAUCGGGUCGUUUGAAGAGUCGAGCCUUGUGGUCGUGCAGUGCCAGCUUAUUGCCGAGAUUCCCAAGGGAAACAACGUUGACGACUCCGUUUCGCGUGGAUAUCACCUUGGAGCACUUUACUUAGCUGUUUCAUACUAGCAUUAUCAAACAACUUUGCGUAUGUUUUUUCUUAAGAGACCAUAGUGUUACGAGGCGAA